CCAGUCGAUUCAACGCCAUCGACCGGUUCGGUUUUGCUUUGCGUGAAGCAGUAAACAUCGUGAAGAUUACUAAUCUUCGUAAUAUUAGCGUUUCGUGAGUGAAUGCUUAACAUUGAAGAAGAAUAAAACGAAGAAGAGAAAACGGAAGAAGUGAUGGAAGUAGUUUCAUAAUCAACGUUCCUUUUCUCUCACGCGGUGUGUGGCGGUGACCUAGUGCAACAGUUGAUUUCGUCUACGAGGAAAAGCCAAUCACCAUUAUAGGAAGAUCGGUCACCAGCACCGAGUGAGAGAAGAAUGUAACCUACUGGCAUCGGAAAAGCUGGUUGUGGAAAAGCAGGUUAACCCUCUUGCUUUUAUUGGAGUUUAACCUGGUAUCCUAUCGAUUGUUAUCGCGAGUCCUUUUCGAUUGUCUAUUGUUGCGCCACGUGGACCAACCCCCAAUUGGAAGAUGAGUGAUAAGCUGGCGGCUGGCGGUCGAUACAACCGUAUAAGUCCAUCCUCAGGACGGGGUUCGAUCAUUGCCUAUUCUCCGUUGCCCAAAUCCGAACAGGAUUGUCUCCAGGCACCGGGAAACAAUUGCCUGGCCAUUCCACUGUCCGCCAUCCAGACCGACAAUAAUCAAAACCACCAGAAGGCGAUGCCGCCGAUGAUGCCCCCAUUGGCCGUGGUGGGUGGAGCUGGUGGCAAGGGAACCUUCAUCGGCAAUGGGGCCAACAACCAUGGCCAUCACGAUGGGACGACGACGGCGGGACACAAACAUGCCGGAAAGCGCUUUAUCAUAGUCAGCGACAUCAAGAAAACAGUCAGUUUUGGUGGUCAACCGGGCAGCGGUGGUUUCGUCAGUUCCCGAAGUGAACCAAUCUCGCUGGCGACGCUGGACAAGGACUGCUUCAUCAUUCCGGUGCACAGUUUAGAUCGGUUUCUGCCCGCCGGAAUCCCCCUUCCCACCCCGGAAACGACAGACCCCUCCCAGUCAGGACCGCUCAGCGUGCUCGAGGUAUCGGAUCCGAAGAUUUGCAUUCUGGCGCACCUGAUGAGCCCACUGGAACCAAUUGACCCGCUGCUGGAAUCACCCCUGGCGCACCCGCUGACGAAGCAAAGGGCAGUCGCCUCGGAACUGCUGAAUGAGGUGCAGCAGGGGAACAACGCCGUCGGCGGAAUGCUGCUGGCCAAUAUGGAGCGAAGCUCGUCCGAAUUCCCCUUCAUUGCGUACUAUGUGAUAAACACCACCCAAACGGACCCGACGAUGUUCUACACCGGCGUCCGAGGGGCCUCCCUGUCCAAGUUUGAACCGAAAAACACCCGCUACACGGCAGCCCACACCCUGGACCUGUACAGCGAAGUGGCUUCCAUCUGUCGGCCCCCGUUGGCGCUGGCCCCCAACGAAAUCGGUAGCGUCAAGAAGGGCCAAACUCCAACGACCGGCUACAUCAUCAGCGUGUAUAAGGUCUACGAGGGCGACGACGGCGAACGGUUCGAACGGAAUUGGCUCUACUGGACCGGUGCCAGGAUGAUUUACAGGUACCUGCCGAAAACAGCCGGCUUGCGACGAAUCACCCUCCACAAGAGCGUAUCCUCCCGAGGGGACAAGAUGUAUCUGCUGAUUUGCGAAUGUGCCGAUCUGUUGAAGGACCUCUCGGCUGCCGCCCUGCUGAUACCGGCCCUCCGAGCUCGGCUUUGUGGCUACACCGGUCUCUACCGGCCCAUACAGACCUUCUAGGACAAGUGAAACGAGUGAGCGGCGGCAACAUCCUAAUAUUAGUGGUUCCAUCCUCAACUUCCCCCAACUCUACUGCUGCUGCUGCUGCUCCUCUUGAGCCUUUUAAAGCUCUUGGGUUUACAGCCACGGUUACCAAUGUUGAAAUUAAGUUGUAAAUUUUUGAUGGGUAAUCAAGUAUAUCGAAUUAAAGCGUAUAUUUUCGGUGAGUUUUUAUCCAGGUAAAUUAUGUUAACGAUAGAAUGAAGUUAGAGAUUGAUUCCGAUUUUAUAUCAAGUAAUGAGAACUAGACCAAUGCAAAAGAAAGCGUGAAGCAUUAUUUUUAUAAUAUUGAUAAUGUUAAGAAAGCGCAUGUUUUCAGAAGACGGUUGUGCAAAAAAAAACGUUUCUAUAAUCCAUUAGUGAAUACAAAUGCAUAAAAAAUCGGUAAAAAAUAAGACCAUAGAGUUAUGAAAAGCCAAUUCAUGGGAAGAGCAAACAACUUUUGCGGAAUGUGGGAGCGCUAUUUCGUAUUCAUACCUUCUGACACCGACGACUGCACAUUGUGCAUACUUAUAAGCUUGACAUUUUUUAUCGACAGCCGGCAGAAAAAAAGCAAUAAGUUACCAGUAUUUACUAAACAUAGGACGAUGAAGAACAGGACAAAACAACACACAUAAAUUCAACAACUGCCAGACACAGCAGAGAAUAGUCGUUUCUACUUUCCCCACUAACCUACAAGUGCGGAUGGACGAGAAAAAUUCGAAACGAAAAAAAAAACUAAAUCAGAUAUACCUACAACAGUAGUAGAAUAAAAACAAAUUGACGACGGCGAGAGAAAACUGCAGGAGGACAAACAUGGUUUCAUAUACGAUUAUACAAUCAUCGAAUCGAACUAACUUUAUUUACACUCUUUCACACAACUCGCGAUGACCACAUACCCACCUAGAAGAAGUGCAACACACGUGCAACCAUGUUGCACAAACACACAAACACCUGUACACAUGAGCUCAAGCAAACGUUGGACCUGUGCAAUUUUUCAAAAUAUGAAAGGAUCUUAUUCAUUAAGAUAGACAAAAUAAUAACAUGGCCUCUCAAUAUUGACAUAACUUUUUUCUGAGCUUUUUUAUUGAUUAGGCCCUUUUUAUGGUGUUAU